UCUACAUCCCUUGUAAAGCGGCGCGUCCUUCAUAGUUAAAUCAUACCUUUUCCAGUAAGCGGUGACUCCUACAUCCUGUCCCCGUAACCUCUCAACCACGCCAGAGAGACAGUUCGCAUUCUACCAACGAAAAAAGAAAGAAAAAAAGAAAUUCAUUCACAGAGACAAAAAAAAAUUUGUGGCCGACUCGACUGCGACACAAGCCAGAGGCUACACAUCCGUUUACUCGUUCAGUGGGGUGUUCAACUCAGAAUAUUUGCGUUUCAUUUCUUCUUUUAAGAACCAAAAUGAAAACCAAAUUUAUCAACGGGGUUUCCUCCUCCCCCUCCAUGUCGCUGGGUAUCCUGGUGACCGAGAACGCGCUGCAGGUCCAGCCCGACACCGAGGAGGACUGCAAGGAGCUGGACCGCCUCGACCAGCCCGACCUGGACACCCAGCGCAAGGCUUAUUUGUGGUGCAGAGAGUUCCUCCACGGAGCAUGGAAAAGCCUGGCCAAGGACGAGUUCCAUAUCACCAUCAUAAGGGGUGGUCUGAGCAACAAGCUCUUCCUGUGCAGCCUCCCCGACAGCCUGGACACUGUUGGGGACGAGCCCAGGAGCGUCCUGCUGCGCCUCUAUGGGGCCAUCUUGCAGGUGGGAGCCACAUCUCUUAUCAAUUGUUUAAACACUGUUGUUUUACUGCAGAAAAAGAGAGCAACAAGUAAGCCAGACUCUUCACGAGGAUGUGUUGCCGUGUCGUAAAAACUACUUUCCCUCAGUAGUUUGUAGAUAUUAGUCUAAUUGUUAAAGUUUAACUGCUUUAUUUAAUGAAAUUAAGUGCUGCUACAGACCAUUUCACAGUUGUAAAAAUGUGUCCCAGUUCAUUUCCUGCCGCGGUGUAUGUGAAUGACAUAGGCCGUCAGGAAGUAAACAUGGACACGGGCUAUUUGCCGAGCAAUGCAAUUGCAUUGAAACAGUCCACACGGCACACACACAUACAGCAGCAGAAAAGUAAGAACUGCACACUCCGGUAUUUUUUUUUAAACUUCCUGUAGAAAUGUUUGACUUUUAUCACAGAGAGGACUCAAGUAACUGGGGUCAACGGUCAAUAAGAGCUGAUAGUCACAGAAACAAACAAGAUAAAACAUACAACUGUGUGAUGUGUCUCCCCCAGACCUUGUUGUGUGUGAGUGUGUGGGUGUCUGCAGCUGAUAUGCUUAUGUGUGUAAGUGUGUGCGCGUGUUAGCCAUUGUUGUACAUGAUGAUGUACCCCCAUGGCUGUACAUGCAUGUGUUCUUUGCCGUAGGCUUCCCAAAGGAGCGUGCCCUCCUGGGUACUCUUGUUCCCAGGUGAACCCACCAAAAAACACGGUACAGUAUGAGAUCCCUGAAAUCUCAGCCUAAUACAAAGACGUAACACACACUGACUCAUGCAGCACAACACCCGGCUGGGAAGACACAGUAUGCAGGGAGCAACCCGAGCGCCGAAAACCCCUCUCUUGUCUGUCUCCUUUCUUCUUUAAAAAUAACUCGUAACUCCCAUUUAUCAAGAAGUCAGCUGAAUGUUUUUUAAGGGUGACUCGGCACAUUUUUUGCCGAGAAAAUUCAAGUGUGUGCGCAGUUUCACAAAAGCGGCUAGAUAAUGUAUCUCUUCUCAGCUCGGUGGUGUUAACACAGAGAGGUACAGGUGAUGUGGCUGGACUGUCCAGAGUUCAUGAUCCGGGUAUCAGAACUACAAAGAUAAGCCGCUUGAGUCAGCCUCACCUGCCGCGGCGCACUGAUUUCAUAUUGAGCGACAGGGGAUCAUGGGCUUCCGAGCAAAACGGCACAUACUAAUCUUCUGCACGCUGUUGGCUUCAUCCUGCCGCGAUACAUUAAAAAAAUAAAGACGAAACAAAAGACGCCGCGAUAUGGUCCUGUCCUGCUGCUCCCUCAGCCUUAAAAUUUGCCCAAUGAAUCCUGCAUUAGGUAUUAACUAAAGACCAUGUAAUAAAAGCCAACGGCAGCUUUUAUUGCCAGGGAUGUCUGAGAGAGAGCUAUAGUGCUGUGUCCUUCACCAAGGUAACUGUAGCCGUCUCCAUCAGGACAGUAGCACGUCUCAGGAAUUAGUCCUGUUUAAUCAAAAAAGCUAAUAUGAUUCAGGAGCUUUAUGUCACCAUCAGAGUACACCGCUACUAAUGAUUAAACAAAGCCUAAUUGCACUGGAAGCGACGUUUCUCAGCAAUGAAGAUAUGUGAAUAGCAUGUUGGAUGAUUGUAAUUAUAGAUAAAUAGAUAUAUUUUUACCCCCGGUUAUAAUAGACCCUUUUACAGCUGUUGCAAACAAAAAUGUGCGUUUACAUGCUGGCAACAGAAGUGGCAUUCUUCCCCAGCCAUCCAGACGAGUUAGUGAGCUUUAAACAUUGAAUUGAAACUGUCACCAGCACCAGAAGGUCUGGUUGGUGUAUGUUCGGUUGUAAGAAUCGACUCAAGUUCUACAGAAUUCCGUUAGGAUUGCGACCGUUUCAGAGCAACGGGUGUUUCAGAUUAACGAGUGGCUGUGUUAACUGGUGACUUUCAACAGAAUGCAUCUUUGGUUGCUCGUAGUAGAUAAAAAAACACAGAUUUUAAAAAUUGAUAAAGGACACUGUCAUGUUCUGUUGGUGUUUUCAACAGCCGGCGUUGCUACGACGCAUUCGGGUAAGUCACCAAUUAACACGGUCACAGGUUAAACCAAAACACUGGCAUCUAUGGCUGCUAGCUAUUAAACAUAUUGACGACCACUGGACUGUUUUUAUCACCCAUUUUUAAACUGAAUAAAGUCAAACCUCUGAGUCUUUGUCAUGAUGUUUGACAUUGUAGCUUGUAAUGACCCGACUUGCAGCUCGUAAUGACCCGACUUGCAGCUCGUAAUGACCCGACUUGCAGCUCGCAAUGUCUCGACUUGCAGCUCGCAAUGUCUCAACUUGCAGCUCGCAAUGACUCGUUGGUGUAAAGUUACAUGCUAGGUUUCUUUACCAAAUGCAUGUUUAUAUUGGGAUAUUAAAUAUUGGGCCACUAUUUAAUGUAUUCUACCCACUCACUAAUUGAACACGUAUCUGGAAAGUCCAUGUGUUUAGGUUACAUUCUCCAUUUUUGCUGGUUAAUGUUCUUAAAAGCUUGACAAGCUAUUGCACUCGCCGUACUUCCGUUGCCAAACUGUGUGCGCACACCUACAUUCGUCUGUAUUGUGUAAAAGGGUCUAUCCACAGUAAAAUGUCACAACCAAGAGCAGGUUUAGUAUUGAGCUGUAGAAUACAGGACCAUACAGAAGUUAUCUCCGAGGAGAUAACUAGGUUUGGAUGUUGACCGCUCAUGGACAGUUGACUGCUCAUGGACAGCUUCACAUGUAUUCACGGAUAGUUCUUUCCUUUUUCUUUUGUUGAUAGAUGUCCUGUAAUAAAGGGGAUUCCCGACAGUCAAACAAAGAAAAUCUCUUUCAAGUAAGUAACUGGUGAUGUGCUCCUCUGCCCGGAGUGCUGCACUGUGUCCAUCCUCU